CACUAAACACCACGUAGUACGUAGCGCCUACCGAGAUCAAGAACUCGCCGCGCGUUGGUCCUUGAGCUUGAGCACCCACACAGCUCCAGCGAAGGAGGAGGACCAUGGCCGCCUCGACCGCCGCCGUGCUGUCCCCGCCCACCGUGGCCGGGCUCCGCCUGGCGCCGUCCCCGCGCGCGGCCGUCUCGUUCCGGGGGGGCUCGUCGUCGGCGGCGAGGCGGUCCGUGGCGGCGCGGGCGGCGCUGGAGCCGUCGGUGGUGAUCAGCCUCAGCACGGGGCUGUCGCUGGUGAUGGGCCGCUUCGUCUUCUUCAACUUCCAGCGGGAGAACGUGGCGAAGCAGGUCCCCGAGCAGAACGGCAAGACCCACUUCGAGGCCGGCGACGAGCGCGCCAAGGAGUUCGCCGGCAUCCUCAAGUCCAACGACCCCGUCGGCUUCAACCUCGUCGACGUCCUCGCCUGGGGCUCCAUCGGCCACAUCGUCGCCUACUACAUCCUCGCCACCACCAGCAACGGAUACGACCCACCCUUCUUCGGCUGAUCCGUCCCACGUCUCCCCUGCCUGCCCGCCUGCGUGCCGGCCGGAGCGGCUUGCUGUUGUAAUCUGCCGUGUUUUCAUUAGUUCUAUAUUAUACGCUGAUGGUGUACUAUCAUGUUUGUAUGUAUGUGAGGUGGUGAAAGAUUGAUUAAUCUGGACAAGUAGUGCAA